AUGUCAUCGCUGCCUAUCCAAGCAGCUACCCAAGAGAACCUGAGGGAUAAACAGUUGCUAAAAGAUGGAAGUAUGACGAAUAGAGAAAUAAAUGAGUCUUCAGGUAUGGAUGGCCAGAAUACAAAAGCUACCGCGGGCGCGGAUAGCAUACAACCGUCGGCUAAAUCCGUAGAAGAACGCAUAGAGCUAUUGAGGCAGCUGAAGUCCAAAGCAAAUGAGGAGCUCCUAUCGAGACUACCGGUGGUCAGAGAAAAGCAGCCUCUGCGCGACAAAAACCACAUAAAAGCAUCGCCGCCUGGCAGAGCGGGCUCCGCAACCGAAAGGGAUCACGGGGAGAUAGGGUCGCCUGCGCCAAGACUGGACAAAUUUCCUAUAUAUUUUGGCACUGCGCAAGGUGGUCAUCUGGCGCGCACCACUGCAGACAGGCGGGGCCGUCGGGCGGCAGUGCAACAGGCGCUGGAGAGACUGAAUCUCGACUACCUUCCGGACUUCUCGAAAUCCGGCGGCGUGCGUAAACCAAUCCGUGGAGUACACACAGUCGCUCAGAGUGGACGAGGGCAGGAAGUUUCUCCACCUCCUUUGGAUAUAGCAUUGCAGCCGGAAGCGAUAGUCAGGACACUCGAAGCUAAGUCUCCGGUACCGAGCAUGCGCUCACGGGCCACAACAGCGGCUGCAGCGGGUGUUCAGCAGUCGGAUAUGCAAGCAGACUCUCGAGGACGUACCUUUUCCCGCGAUAGCAGUGUUAAUCUGCGACAGCUGUACUUAGGCGGCGGCAUAGAGGCUCAUAAACAGGGCUCGUCACUCGACGAUUUAGCGGAUAGAGAGGCCAGGGUAAUAAGCUUGGACAAAAUACCUUCUGGUAGAGACAGCGCGGUAAAGUUGCAAGCAAAACACGAGCAGCCGCAUACCAAGCAGGAAACCGCUGAAUUACAUCCUACAAGGACGCGGUUACCAGAUUUGCGUGUUGACAAAGGAGGAUCUGCGUUCAGGAAAGUGGCAAAAAGACUGAAGACCGCUGAUAUACCUCCUUAUGACGGCGCGCCGCGAUACCAGACCACCUCAUCCGGCGUGAUUGAUCUUUCUACACGAGGUUUGCAUCCUGAUGAUGAACCAGACUCGGAACCUUUACGUGGCCCCCUAGGGCUGAACAGGGAUAAAGCAGAAGGUUUAGAUCUGCGAGGGGCAGCCCAGGAGGAGAGUAUACGAAGGAAGGUUGUGCCGCGGAAGAUCCCAUCGGAUGCCCCAACAUCCGAAACAAUCAUAAACUAUACUCCCGCGUCACCGAAAGAAUUUUUGGGUUCUUCAGGAAAUUAUCCGCAGACGGAAUUGACCACCAUAAACGAAGAAGCGCAAGUUACAGGGACCCUAGAACUUUAUUCUGCUAAUUCCAGUGACUUGACCGAACGCGAGGUAUCUGAACGUCCCGAAUUUUUAACAGAACCCCCCCCAAAUACCUCCUAUAAUACCGGUAUUUGCUCUUCGCCUAAAUUACCUCCGAAGGAUCGAGGAUUGGACACUGAUUCGACUAAUCGAGAUUUUAAAUGUUUAUUGCCUCGCAAUUCUUGCAUUUCUUCUACCGAAGCCUAUCGUGAAGACAGCUCUCGGAGACAGGCGCUGAUACCCGAACUUGUCACAGACUCCUCGCCCGCAGACAGCGACUUGAGCGAAAGAACAAGCUUAUCAACAGAGCAACCUGACGCUAAUUUCGAAAACAGUGAUCGAAAACCUGACCCUGGCCAGCGGGAACGUCAAAAUUUCUCUGAGCCCCUCAAUCUUGCAGCUUCGCUGAACAUUGCAGAUACCUCUUGCAAUGAGCGAAAAGUUAUACCGAGCACGGAGCAGCAUAAUCCUGCAGAAAUAACGAAACCUAGCGUAGCACCAUUUACAGGCACGAACACUGCCCUUCAUACGACAGAUCAAACUGAAUUAUCAUUUUUGAUUUCUGCAAAACAGGCUGAAAAGUAUGUGCAUGAUAUCAGUAAAACUUGGACUAAUAUCGAAAAACCAGAACUUCUGCGACUGAUGGAUAGAGCGGUUGUUCGGCAUAGACCUUUUAGUGCCAAUCCAAAAAUUGUCAGCGCUUCAAAUGAUAUAUGCCAGGUGCAUAACUUUGAAGAUGUGGAUGUGAAUUAUUAUCAACGUCUACCGACUAGGUUAGUAUAUGUGGAUCUCUACGGGCCACAGGUUCCGAAGAAGCGGGGCCGUAAGAAAAAGCAUCGGGGUUUCGUACCGGCCGUUGAGACAGUCCUCGCUGCACAUUCCCCCAAGUCGGCUACGGAAACUCUGACAGUGGAUGAUACACCCACGUCGCUUUCUAAUGAUGUGCUGGUGCAUCCUUUGAAGCAACUGUUUGCAAGCGCUGAAGAAGGUUCCAAACAUGAGCCCAGAAAUGAUAAAGAGGGGACACAACCGGCGCGUUUCAGAGAAGGAGAAAGUCUUGAACAGCAAGUCGCUGCUAUGGCAGCGGAAAUAAUGGAGUACGAGCUUAAGAUAGCGUCACUGCAUGGGCAGCUCGCUAAUAAACAGCGCGAUAUAGACAGGCUCAAUGAGCUACAUUUGAAAUUACUUGGUGAUUUAGAACGUGCAACUCCGACUGGUACGUCCAAUAUACCGGUAAACACGAACCUAGAUUAUCCAGAAGAAAAUUAUCCUGGAAAUGACACCAUUGAUCAUGAUCCCUCGAUGGAUGCUAAUCUCGUGAAGGUAUACGAGCAACAAAUAGCGGAAAAUAACGCCCUUAUUAAGAAAUUGAAGGAUGAGCUGGACGUACUAAAAUGUAUCCCAAUGUCAGGAAGGAAGCAACUAUUAACACAACUGAAUAAAAUGUAUCAAAAACUAGAUGAGCGAUCGUUAGAAUUAGAAAGUACAUCAACGGAAGUUGAUAAGAAAAUUACCGAAGUCGUAAGACGUGAAAAAGCGCUUACCGUGGGAAUUGAAGAGCAUCCAAAAUAUGUUGAACUCCGUGAUAAGUUCCUUACUGUUAAAGGAAGAUUAGAGUCGGAUUUGAAAUAUUCGAAGAUGCAUUUUUCUAACUUAAGAACACAAUUCAGCAUAUUCGAGCAAAAAUUUGAACAACAGCGAGAUUUAUUAGCUCAUUACCAGGACCUCUGUGCACAGAAAGAUGAGAUCGUUGUAUCAUUACAAUCGGAAAGGUCAGACUUAACGGCCAGAUUGCUUGGCUUGGACGUCGAGCUGGGUAAAAGACCGUCAGUGACGUGCAACAGGAAACAAAGUUCUAUGCCUACAGGUGAAAUUGAUAAACAACAAAGAACUAGGCAGGAUAUGAUAACUCAACUGAUAAACGAUCUCGGGGAAGAUGCAGUUAUUUCGGAGCACGAACGUGCCAUAUUACGCAAGCUUAUCCAAUAUGCUUACGACAUUUCAGGUCCUCAGACUAAGAAAGAUGAGAUUCUUAAAUUAUUGGAGCAAUCUGGAGAAUUAUAUAGUGAUGAUGCUUCCCUUAAACGCCGUGAUCUGAAGACACCCAUCUUUUCCCGUUCACUGACAACUGCUACUGCAGCUUCGAAACAGAAUUCUGAAAAUUCGGUACCAACGAGAGGCAACAUCCAUGUGCCCUGUAAUUCCCGGCAGAAGCGCUCGAGAUCAGCCUUGGAUAUGGAGGAUAGAUUGAAUUCUGCACAUAAUAUCAUUGCCUGUCUAACUCUGCUACUGGGUCGACAAGAAAAGGAACUUCUCCGCCCUGGCACAGGCGAAUAA